AUGUACAGCAACUUUAAGGAGCAGGCGAUCGAGUACGUGAAGCAGGCGGUUCAGGAGGACAACGCUGGGAACUAUGUGAAAGCCUUCCCCCUCUACAUGAACGCGCUCGAAUACUUCCGUACCCAUCUUAAGUACGAAAAGAAUCCCAAGAUCAAGGAGGCCAUUACCCAGAAGUUCACCGAGUACCUCCGCCGCGCCGAGGAGAUACGGGCUGUACUCGACGAGGGCGGCCCCGGACCGACCUCCAACGGCGGCGCCGCCGUCGCCACCCGUCCGAAGACGAAGCCCAAGGACGGUGACGAUGGCGGCGAGGACCCCGAGCAGUCCAAGCUGCGGGCGGGACUUAACUCUGCAAUCAUCAGAGAGAAGCCCAAUGUCAAGUGGAACGACGUGGCGGGGCUGGAGAGCGCCAAGCAGGCCCUUCAAGAAGCUGUCAUCCUCCCUGUCAAGUUCCCUCAGUUCUUCACCGGUCCGUGUCUCCUCUCCUGUUUCUCACUUCUUUUUGCAUUUGGGUCCUAAAUUCUAUUAUGAAUUUGCCGGCUAUAUCCGUUGAAUUCGUGGUCAGAGGUGUGGUGUUUCAUUGUAGUAACUCCGUUUUGCUUUCCUGUCUUGUGUCCUUUUGCUGUAGGAUAGUUUUCUUUCUUUGACAUCUUCCUCGUUUGAUCUAGCUAAGUUUUGCUACUUCUACUGCGAGUAUUGGAUGUUUGUGAGGUAAAAAGAUACGAGACUUGAUGUUUAGAGCCUGGGAACUAAACUUCCAACGGGAGAAUAAGUGAUAAUUUCCAGAAUUGUCAUUUCAUUCCCGCGAUAACUGAACUUGUUAGUUCAUAUGAAGUGUUGCCCCUGAAUGAAUCGACUGGAUGAGGUGUUGGAUAUGGCUUUCCCCCCUCAAAACCUUUAGAGGUGUCCGAAUGAGUUGAUGCCAUUUUUCUCUUGCUAUUUAAUCCUUGUCCAGUGUUAGCAGAAUCUGAAUGGGCAUUGAGUGUUGUACUGAAGAAGCUAUCAGAAGUAUGGUGAUUAAUUGCAUGCGUAUACUUACGUAUUCCAUGUGGACCUUCUUAAUAGAUGGGUUCACAUUGAUGCUGGUUAAGGUGUUGUAUGUAUUACAUCUGGUUGUAUAAUACACUUCAUUAUCUCGGAUCAGAUGCAUCUAUGUUGUGAAUGUGAACCAAAGUUCAAUCAUAAACUGGUUCCUCAUGUGAAUCUUCACUAAUUGUAAAUGGUCGUAGCAGAAAGAGGUAGAUCAUUGUGAGAAAGAUGUAGCUGAUAGAGGUUUCUUAACCCUAAAAUGAAAAUCCAAGGAGUAGCUUUAUCUCUUAUUUAUCUGAGAUGCAUGGUUUCUUGAUGCGAUGUGUUUGUGUACGAAGUGGGUUUUUUCAGGUUGGUAUGCAGGUCUGCAGGCUGCAAUUCUACAUUCUUGAAUAUCCCAAAAAUACAGAUAAAUUUCGGCAUCAAAAGUUAUUUUGACAACCUUUGGAACAGAGGUUUUGAAAUUUAUUUUUUCAUACCUUUGGUAGUGUUGAAAGGAGGAACCUAAACAUCAGCCAUAUAACCAGUUGGAGGGUGAGACGUUUAAAAAAAGUGGAUUAUUCAGCUUGCUUCCUUUGAAUUAUUGAAAAUUGGUGGAAAAUGUGGUGCUCAUUGAGAAUGUGGGAGUGAUUGAAAAUCUCACCUCUACAUUUGCCAAGAAGCAAGUCAAAGAAGCAGUCUGUAGAGCUGUUGAGUAGAGAAAGUAGUCUCUGUAUAUAUUUGUACGGGAAUCACAGAAUUGGCUUUGCUUUUCUGUAAAUAUGAAGGACGUUAUUCCGUCAUGUUGAGGGCUCCAAGCUUAGCAUGGCUCAACUGUCUCGUCAUAUUCUAUGGACAUUUUGCCUUGGAGGAUUCUUUUUGAGGUUUCAAUAUUAUUUGCUUAUAUGUUAACUCAAUUUCUUUUUAAUGUCUAACAAAUAUGAUGUACUUACUAUCCAAGGAAUAAAAUAUAGUGAUCUCCAGCAUGGAUGUCUAGAACAGCUGGGCUACCAUGUCUGAAUGGUGUCCCGCAUGCACGUGGAAUGGUCUACGUAAGAUUAUUUUUCAGGCCCUAGCCAAUAGAUCCAAUGAACCAGUCAUUUGAAUCCCAAUCAACGAGAUUUCUUGAUAGGUUACUAUAUCUUGGGUAAUGCUGAGGCUGGGCAAUUAAAGUUCUUCAAUCCAGAGCUUACCUAUUGGUUAAUGUAGUGCACAUCUCUAACUUCCUUCUUCAUGUUGAUUGAUCGGGAAUUCUGUGAUGACUUUUGGGGAUUCUGUUGAUUGAGGCAAGGAUUACCUCCCUCCCUUUUUAGUUUUAUAGAUCAAAUUCUAGGCUCCCAUGGAACAUAACGCUGACAAAAGGGAUGCAAAUAGUGGAAACUUAAAAUUAAAGCAACGCACAAAUUUCUUUCGAAUGGUUUAUUAGAUAAAUAGGGGUAAUAUGCAGGGGUUGCUCUUUUUCUCCAGGCAGUACAUUGCUGAUAAAUCAAAUUUAAACAUUUCGAUAUUGUUUGUUUUCGCCUCCACCAACAAUGCUUGGAGCUGGCUAUUAUCAAUUGAAAUUGUUAUAUUUCACUCUUUGAUUCGGUAUAUAUCAAACAAAAUGGAGCAGCUUCAUUAGUAAGUUUGAGCAUGAGUUAGAAGGAUUGAACACUGAUUCCUUAACAGCGAGAUAGUUGGGGGACCCCUCCAAAUUAACGAUUUCCUGUUUGCUCUUCUAUCUUUAAUCUAUCCUAAAAGUCCCCUGGACAACAUUGCCAGGAUAACUGAUGUCAUCAGAAGCUCUGUUUUCACAGAGGAAGGAUCCAAGUUAACAAAGAAAUGCUCUCAUUGAGAUGGGGUAAGGUGUGGACGAGAGAAAAGGUGCCAUGAGCCUUGUUAUCGUUGCAGAUUUUGACUUGGGCUUAAUUUAUUGAUGUGUAUAUGGAGAAAACGAGGAUUUGGUGUGGGCGAGAAUCAUGAGAUAUAAAUGCACAAAAGUUUAAGAAAAGAACAUUGCCCAACUUUCAAAUUCCAAUAUCUUCCUAUCUUAAGAAACACAAUGAAGAUGAAAACUUUGUGACCCUCCCUGCUCUUCUGUAUCUUUGAAAUGACAGAUCUCCUGGGUUUGAGAGGAUCAAUAGUAGUAGGGAUCGGCUUUUGCCAUAUAGAUUUGUCAAUUCUUAUCUACAUUCUAAAGACAGGCAUAUCCACUGUGGAUGUUUUAUCAUUCAAGCAGUCAAAGUUGGAAACUUCAUUUCGAUAGAAACACUGUGACCAUGAAAAUAUUAUAAUACUACAAUUAGUGGUGACCAUCAUCCAGCUAAACAACACAAGGGUGAGAAACAGAAGUAGAAAUGGACUUUUUGUAAUGUGGAUUUGUGGCUAGAUCAUACGUUGGUGUUGCUGGAAGAAGCUUGUUUUUGGAAAUAUAGAAGUGUAUGGUACACCUUAUCAGUGUUAUUUCCCUGUACUCUAGAACGACCUGUAACAGCAUCAUGGUUCCACUGAAACUAAGUCAUAAUGGUAAUAGACCAAUGGAGAAGCACUGCGGAAAUUAAUGGAAGAGGAAGAAAAACGAGCGCACUAAGAUGCUAAUGUUUUUUAAAAAGCCUAAUCUAUUGAGUCCUCCCUAAAUCCAUUAUUCUUCUAGAACAUUUUAGAGAAACUAGGAAUGUUGUUUUUCCCCACAUUUCUCCUCCCUUAUCGCAUUUUAACUUUGGAACUUUUGUUUGGGUGUUUUCCAAGCCUUUCCUCACAUUUUUAUACUAAGGAUAAUGAGAACCUUAGCACAUGAUAAAAUCGCCCAAGUAUUGUACCUUUGAGCUCAGAUGACAUCUAUGAGCCCACUCACAAAACCCGACAUUAACGCAAUAUUGACAUGAUUCCUUUACAUGCUAAUGUCGGUUUUGUUAUCACAUCAACACUACCUUCACAGGUUGUUUAAAACUUUUUAAAACAUUGACUGACAAAACCAGUGAUGACAAUGUGGAUGGGCAUUGAUCUUAACUUGCCAUAACACCUUCUGUUUUUUGUACACUGCCUGAGAGUCAGAUCCCUCUUGUGCGGAUAAUCAUUCAUUAACCUGAUUUCAGGUACGUAUUCUACCUAAAAAUGAGCAAUGAGAAAGUGGGAUAACAUAGAUCAUUUUCCUGCGACAACUCUAGAUUUCGCAAACUGGCUACAUGCAGCUAGAUUUAAAUAAAUCAUUCUCCUGUGAAAAGUUUAGCUUCUCAGUUGUAGUUCCGAGGAGCAUCCGACAUCCGUUUUAUUUUAUCCUUGUAUGUUUACAGGCAAGCGGCGACCAUGGAGAGCAUUUCUUUUGUAUGGUCCACCUGGAACUGGUAAAUCAUAUUUGGCCAAGGCUGUUGCGACAGAAGCAGAGUCGACAUUCUUCAGGUUACGAUGACUGUUAGUGCAUAUUUCAGCAAACUAAGUGAAAAUGUGGAACGUCUUAAGCUACUUGCCUAUUCUGCUGAAUUUUUUUUCGGGAGCCAGUAUCUAAUUUAUUAUUUCUCUAUGCUUUUAGUUUCAUUUUUCUAGUUACACAUAUAUCUAAUUGGUGUAUAUAUGGCUGUGACAGUGUAUUUAAUAUAAGUAAAAGGGCAGCAUUUUUUAAUCCAAAGUGGGAUGACCAUUAAAUCUGUUUUGAAGAAAUUUGGUUAUCGGAGUUUAGGUUCACUUUUCUAUUCAUGGACAUUUAAAGAGUUGAAAAAGGGAUGGCUAUAUGUUCUAGUCACGGUUCCUAUAGGACAUGUACCAAUGCAUUUUACUUUGCGUGUAGAAUUCACAACUUUUCUCAGGACUCUGUUGACUUUCUUUUCUUCAAUCCUCUUAGUUCGUGAGGAGAUCCUGGGAUGGUACUUUUAGUGUUUAUCAGUAGAUAUGAAUAAAUGAAGUAUUUCUUGAGCAAAUGUGCCCGUACAAUUUACAGGGUUCACCCCAUAGAUAUUAAUCAAAACCAGUGAUUUUCUCUUUUUAUUGCCUAGAUAUCUGGGAAAAUGUUUAUAUUCCGGUGGUUGCCUGGUAUUCAGUUGCCAAUAUCUAGCAAUUAACGUACGGCAUGCUGUGCUAAAAGAAAUAAGAAAAAAUUCUUAUAUGGUUUCUGAAUUUUUUGAAUAACAUAACAUGUGCAGUGUAGUCAGGAUGUAAUGGAUGAUGACAUCAAUAUGGUGGAAUAUUUGUUAGCAUACAAAGUUCAAUGUACUCGUGCAUUUCUUGCUGUGCUUGCAACAUACAUUUAUUUCACACCAUUAUUUUUUCUUAUUCUAGUCAUAUACAAGUGGAUAUGCGGUAUUAUUAUGCUCACGAUUGUGGUUGUCAGGUGUGGCCUGUAAAUUAAUUAGAGUGGAAGGUUUUGUUGUCAAUGCAGCAUUUCUUCUUCAGAUCUCGUUUCCAAAUGGAUGGGUGAGAGUGAAAAGCUCGUUGCCAACCUAUUCCAGAUGGCCCGUGAAAAUGCUCCUUCCAUCAUUUUUAUUGAUGAAAUAGAUUCCUUAUGCGGUCAGCGUGGUGAAGGGAAUGAAAGUGAAGCCUCUCGACGAAUCAAGACAGAACUACUUGUACAGAUGCAGGUAUUCACUGUAACAUUUGUGCGCUUUUCAGUUUCCUUUUUAACGCGAGAUUUAUUUAUUUUUUUAUCUAGUCCUGAUUCUCACUGAUGCUUUUUUUGUUGAUGAUGGGUUAGUCAUAAAGGAUGUAGCGGAUUGUUACUAAUCUGAGCGAAUUCUUUUUGUGUCUUCUUUUCCUUUCAUGGUUAUAUGUCAAUUUAUCCAAACCAAAGGAAAAGGAAGUGCCAAAAGAAUUGGGUUCGUUGUGGGAAUAGGGCAUUAAUCCAUAAUGGUUUGUCUGGAAGAAUGCAGUUUUAGCUUUGACAAUUUUGUGGAGCAUACUCUAAUACCGUUGAUGCUGGGUGUUAAUUGUAGAAUAUUUGAACCAAAGAAGAUUUAACGAAGUUUAUGGGAAGAAAAGGGCGUGGAUUGUGUAGGGUUUAAGCUGAGACACCUUAUGAACUUGUAGAAUAAGAUGCAUUAGAUAACUUUUCUAGUUUUCCGAACAUAGGUAUAGAGUUUUGGUUUUUCCUUUGGAUUGUUGUUCGCGUAUGGGUUACACAGGAUAGAGCGAAUCGUAUUACUACCUUUAGAAAAGCCCGUCAAGGAACAAGCUAACAAAAUUUCAUGGUUGAAAUAUGUGAAUCUAUUCCAGUGAUUGCUAAUUUGUUUAAAUUCGGUAUCCCAAAAUUUUCGCUUGACAUGACAACAUAUAAUGGUGAUCAUGGGGCGCUGCUGAGGUUGUUCAGAGGACUUACUUUCCAUUUGAUGGAUAACUAUUCAAGCUCUUUCUACUGAACGUUUUUUCUAAAACUUUGCUUGAAUGAAAUUGGUUAAUGAUUCAAAUGUAUGGGGGCAAGAUGUCAUUGCUGAGUGCUACCUUGAUGCUGAAUUUGGCACUCCGAUGCGUACUCAGUUCCCUGGAGAUAGACUCUGGUUUGGAAAUCUGUUUUAUUCUUGGUGACGAAAAGAAAUAAUGUGAUGCAAUAAUUCUUUGGGAUUUUUGAAGUGAAGUUGUUUCACAGACUUUGGGGGGAAAAUUGUGCAAAACCGGAACAGAGGGUCUGUUUUCUUCUUCAAGAACUAUUGAUCGGUGGGCCUUACUGCGUUUGUUCAAUGUUUCUGCUGCGACCAACUUGGCUAGAAGCAUCUGAUCUAUAGUGUUCAAGACAGGAAUGAUUAUCAGAAAUAUUUCCUUUACUAGAAAUUAGUGUUUCAGUGUAAAAUUUUCCAACAGUCAUUUUUUUUGUUGUUGCCUUGCCCUCAUUCAAAUGGCCGUCAAAUUAAUGCGCACAAGUUUUUCAACUUGCAGGGAGUUGGAAACAACGAACAGAAGGUUCUUGUGCUGGCGGCAACGAAUACUCCAUACGCUCUCGAUCAGGUUCGAUUUAGGCAGAACCCAUUGGAUGAUAUCUUAUUUUCUCAGUUCUAUUAUCAGUUAUCUUGUCCCUUAGUUUUAUUCCCACUGAUUUCCAGGCUAUCAGGCGGCGCUUUGACAAGCGAAUCUACAUCCCCCUACCCGAUUUGAAGGCCCGGCAACACAUGUUCAAGGUACUGUUUCUCCCUGGUUACAUCCGACUGCUUCGUGACCUUCGAUCAAGUGGGGUUGAUCGAGUUCAACAUCUGUCUGUCUGUCUGUCUGUCUGUCUCACGAGCUUGCUUCUGGUGCUUGUCCUUGAAUUCUGGGUCUUUGAAGAAGGUGAAGCGGCUACUCUGAUUUCUCCUUGUCUUCUGAAAUGCAAACAGGUGCAUUUGGGGGAUACGCCGCAUAAUCUGACCGAAAGAGACUUUGAGAACUUGGCCCGCAAAACAGAUGGUUUCUCGGGUUCUGACAUAGCCGUUUGUGUGAGUUGCCGAUGAUGUCUGGUUCUGAAAUAUCCCGCCUCGCCUGCCUCCUCCUGAAUAUAAAAAAAAAUAAAAAUCUCUCUUUUUUCGUUAUUUUCUAUCUUUGGCAGGUCAAGGACGUCCUCUUUGAACCCGUGAGGAAGACCCAGGAUGCCAUGUUCUUCAUAAACACGGAGAACGACAUGUGGGUCCCUUGCGGGCCCAAGCAACAGGGUGCCAUUCAAACCACAAUGCAGGACCUCGCUGGGAAUGGCCUCGGCUCCAAGGUAACACCCUCCCCCCCCCCAAUCCACCUGGCCCAACUUUCUAUGCACAGUAAAUAUGAUUACUAUUAUAAGAAUUAUAUAAUAAUUAUAUAAUGGUAUAAUUCGCGUGAUGGGUCUGCAGAUCCUGCCACCACCCAUCAGUAAGACCGAUUUCGACAAGGUGCUGGCUCGGCAGAGGCCAACGGUGAGCAAGGGCGAUCUCGAGGUGCAUGAAAGAUUCACAAGGGAGUUUGGUGAGGAGGGCUGA